CUGGCGAGGCGCCAUGGCUACUAAGCAGCCCGAAGAUGCCUGCAGGGACACGAGCUGUGAGAGCAGGGGACUCAUGGAGAGGAUCCGGAAAUUCAACCCAAAGGGAGUAUUCACCUGGCAGCUUGCCAAGACGUUGGCCAUGGGUCAGGGCCUGGCUGGGCUCAUCUGCGGGACGGCCAUCACCUCCCAGUACCUGGCUACAAGCUUCCAUGUGAACACACCCAUGCUGCAGAGCUUCUUUAACUACGCCCUGCUGUGUGUCACCUACACCCCCAUGCUACUCUGCAGAACAGGGAAUGGCAAUAUUUUACAGAUUCUGAAGAGGCGAUGGUGGAAGUACCUUCUGCUGGGGCUGGUGGACGUGGAAGCCAACUACGCUGUGGUGAAAGCAUACCAGUACACCACCCUCACCAGUAUACAGCUGCUGGACUGCUUUGUGGUCCCGGUGCUGAUGUUCCUGUCCUGGUGGUUUCUGAAGACGCGCUACAGGCCGGUCCACUAUAUAGCCAUCUGCAUCUGUCUCCUCGGGGUGGGGGCCAUGGUGGGGGCCGACCUGCUGGCUGGUCGAGACCAGGGCUCCACCUCAAACAUCCUGUUAGGUGACGGUUUGGUGCUGCUCAGUGCUUCGCUGUACGCGGUGUCUAAUGUGUGUCAGGAAUACACAGUGAAGAACCUCAGCAGGGUGGAGUUCCUGGGCAUGGUCGGCCUGUUCGGCACAAUCAUCAGCACCAUUCAGAUGGUGAUCCUGGAACGUCAUGAAGUUGCUACCAUCCAGUGGAGCUGGCAAAUCGGGCUCCUGUUGUCUGCCUACGCGCUGUGUAUGUACACUCUGUACAGCUGUAUGCCCAUAGUGGUGAAGCUGAGCAGCGCCACCUCCGUCAACCUCUCCCUGCUCACCGCUGACCUAUUCAGCCUCUUCUGUGGGAUCUUCCUCUUCCAGUACAAUUUCUCUGGACUCUACCUGGUCUCGCUGGUGGUCGUCCUCAUUGGCUUCAUCGCCUUCAACGCUGUGCCAACGCCCGCUGACCGCUCGGACCCCGCCGCCUCCUCUUCCUCCUCAUCCUCCUCAUCCUCCUCCAUCUGUGAGGAAGGUUACGACAACCCCGCGGCCGCUCACAUUGACGUCACCGAGCGGGAAGUGGCGGUGAGCAUCAUCGCUGAGGAGGAGCAGCAGGGGGGUGGGGGGAGGGAGGAAGAAGAGGAGGAGAGGCAGGGGGGCGGGGGGAGGGAGAAGGAAGAGGAGAGGACAAAAGCAAAGAAGAGGAGAGCUUCUGGGCCGUCACAGAACCUCCAACGAGGGAAUGAUGAUGAGGAUGUUGGACGCAGCACUAAAAUGUAA